AUGGGAAACCCUUUUUCAAAAUUUAUCUAUAAAAAAACACCUUAAAUAUUAUUAAUUGGAUUGGAUGCUGUUGGAAAGACUACAAUUUUAAAUCAAUUGAAUUUAGGUAAGGUAGAAAACUUUUUUACAGGUAUCGGAUAUCAACAAAAAAAAUUAUAAAGCAAAUCUUUUGAUAUAAUUACUUGGAAUAUUGAAGGACCAAGUGGACUAAGAUUGCUUUGGAGAAACUUUUAUGAAAAGAGCUAAGCUUUAAUUUUAGUUUUGGAUUUGACUAAUUAAGAAAGAUUGAUAGAGAUCAAAGAAUGGUUGGAAAAAUACUUAAUUGAUAAUAAAUUGAAUAGAUUGCCACUUUUAAUUUAUGUAAAUAAGAUCGAUCUUGUUUAAAUUAAUCUUAAUGAAUUAAACUCUGAACUGAUGUUCGAAAAAUUUUCAAAUAAUUUUCUUAUUUAACCAUGCUGUGCUAUUACAAGGGAAGGACUUGAGGAUGGAAUUACAUGGAUUCUAUAAUAGAUUAAAUGA